AUGACAAUAACAGGAGUACCGGCUCUCUCAAUGGAAAUUGAUUUUCCUGAUGAAGAUGUACCCUACGAGGAGGAGAUUCUUCGCAAUGCCUAUUCCGUAAAGCAUUGGUUGCGCUAUAUCGAUCAUAAAGCCAGGGCUCCCAACAAUGCCGUGAACAUUGUGUAUGAACGCGCGCUGAAGGAGCUUCCCGGAAGUUAUAAAAUUUGGUACAACUACUUGAGGACCCGCAGGAAGCAGGUGCGUGGAAAAUGCAUCACCGACCCCAUGUACGAAGAGGUGAAUAAUACCUUUGAACGUGCUUUGGUCUUUAUGCAUAAAAUGCCACGCAUUUGGAUGGAUUACGGGACAUUUAUGACACUGCAAUGUAAAAUCACCCGAACCCGGCAUGUUUUCGAUAGAGCUUUAAGGGCAUUGCCGGUGACACAACAUCAUCGUAUAUGGCCAUUGUAUUUGAAAUUUGUUAAGAAAUUUGAUAUCCCUGAAACUGGAGUGAGAGUCUUUAGACGUUAUUUGAAAUUGGCACCCGAUGAUGCUGAGGAAUAUAUUGAAUAUUUGUUGAGUGUUAAUCGUCUAGAUGAUGCUGCUCAACAGCUGGCCAGUAUUGUGGAUAAUGAACAUUUCGCUUCGAAACAUGGUAAAUCAAGUCAUCAAUUGUGGACGGAGUUGUGUGAGCUGAUAUCGAAGAACCCGGAUAAGGUACAUUCGCUGAAUGUGGAUGCCAUUAUAAGAGGUGGAUUGAGGAGGUACACCGAUCAAUUGGGACAUCUAUGGAACUGCUUGGCCGACUAUUAUGUUCGUUCCGGCUUGUUUGAUCGUGCCCGCGACAUAUACGAAGAAGCCAUACAAACGGUGCGCACGGUGCGUGACUUCACCCAGGUCUUUGAUGAAUAUGCCCAAUUCGAAGAAUUGUCUCUCAAUAAACGUAUGGAAAUGGUGGCCAAUGAUCCGGAUGCCACCGAAGAAGAUGAUAUCGAUGUGGAGUUACGUUUAGCUCGCUUCGAACAUUUAAUGGAUCGGCGUUUGCUUUUACUAAAUUCCGUUCUGUUACGGCAAAAUCCCCAUAACGUUCACGAAUGGCAUAAACGUGUUAAACUCUACGAAGAUAAACCUCACGAAAUUAUCAACACCUACACGGAGGCAGUGCAGACGGUGCAACCCAAGUUGGCUGUGGGAAAGCUGCAUACCCUAUGGGUGGAAUUUGCCAAAUUCUAUGAAUCCAAUGGUCAAGUAGAUGAUGCCCGGGUGGUGUUCGAACGGGCCACAGAAGUGGAAUAUGUGAAGGUGGAUGAUUUGGCCAGUGUUUGGUGUGAAUGGGCGGAAAUGGAAAUACGUCAAGAAAACUUUGAGGAAGCAUUGAAGCUAAUGCAAAGGGCCACCGUGAUGCCUAAACGUAAAGUGGCCUAUCAUGAUGAUACGGAGACGGUACAAAUGCGUCUUUAUAAAUCGUUGAAAGUUUGGUCUAUGUAUGCCGAUUUGGAGGAGUCCUUUGGCACAUUUAAAACCUGCAAGGCGGUCUAUGAUCGCAUAAUCGAUUUAAAGAUAUGCACACCACAAAUAAUCAUUAAUUAUGGUUUGUUCUUGGAGGAACAUAACUAUUUCGAAGAAGCCUUCCGGGCCUAUGAAAAAGGCAUUGCCCUCUUCAAAUGGCCCAAUGUCUAUGAUAUUUGGAAUGCUUAUUUGACCAAGUUCCUCAAACGUUAUGGUGGUUCAAAAUUGGAAAGAGCUAGAGAUCUCUUCGAACAAUGUUUGGAAAAUUGUCCUCCGGAGCAUGCGAAAUAUUUCUAUUUACUCUAUGCCAAAUUGGAGGAGGAUCAUGGUUUGGCUAGACAUGCCAUGGCUGUCUACGAUAGGGCGACAAGUGCUGUUAAACCGGAGGAGAUGUAUGAUAUGUAUAACAUCUUCGUGAAGAAGGCUGCGGAGAUUUAUGGUCUUCCUAGAACUCGGGAAAUUUAUGAAAAAGCCAUCGAAACGCUGCCCGAGGAAAAUAUGCGUCAAAUGUGUGUACGCUUUGCUGAAAUGGAAACAAAACUGGGUGAAAUUGAUAGAGCCAGGGCGAUUUAUGCUCAUUGUUCUCAGGUUUGUGAUCCCCGAAUUACAGCCGAAUUUUGGCAAACCUGGAAAGAGUUUGAGGUACGUCACGGCAAUGAGGAUACCAUGCGUGAAAUGUUGCGUAUUAAGCGCUCUGUCCAGGCCACUUACAAUACGCAAGUUAAUAUGAUGGCUGCCCAGUUUAUGACCAAUAACACUCCUGCCGAUGCAGCCGGUACCGAUGCAAUGCGUCAAUUGGAAGUUAAAGCCACUGAGGCAGCAGCUAAUCAACAACAGCACAAUAAACCCACAGGAGCAGCAACAAUGCAACCACCAAAACCACCCGGUGCUAGUAAUAUUAUGUUUGUACGCGGUGAAACACAGGGUGGCACGGCCCGAGAUAAAGUUAUUAAUCCCGAUGAAAUUGAUAUUGGUGAUAGUGAGGAUGAAGAUGAGGACGAUGAGGAGGAAGAUGCCGGUGGAGAUACCAACGGAGAUGACAACUCCAAGGCAACACGCAAAGAUGAUAAUGAUAAUGUUAUGAAAAAAUUACGCAUAGAACAAAAAUCAAUACCGGCCAAGGUUUUCGGGGGUCUUAAGACAAAAGCAAAUAAUGAUGAUGAGGAGGAUGAAGAUUAGAU